CUGUUCCUAUUUCAGCUCAAAGAAUGCAUAUUCCCGCCGGAAUCUGUGGCCCGUUUCUUCCUUUCCUCACAAAUUACCUCUCGGUCAUUCCGAAUCGAAGAUGAUCAUUGUUUCAUUAAAGGUCAUGAGGACAGCUCAAAUGAUGUCGGAGAUAUGCUCCUGUGCGAUUUUCUUGCCUCCGAUUGCGACUAUAUAAGUCUAUCUUCAGUAGCUGAAGUAUCAUUUCGUGGACUUAUCAACUUUAUUCGGGCUUGGCGUCGAGCUCCACGUCAGUUUUCGCAGGCAUCGUUCGUACGUUCUGAAAGAUUCGAUGUCGAUUCAAACUUUGACUAUGUUCCUGCCACUAUUUAUCCAUUUUGCAAUUCGGACUUAGUUCUUCGAGCUCAAAUGGAAAAUAUGGUAUUGCGCAAACUUCUACAGAAGAAUAUUGGGCAAAGACGCUAG